AUGCCUCCCAUAAGAGGACAGAAUGUGGACGGCAACGGGAUGAACUUCAUGGAAGUCGUUUUCGAGAAUAUGAGGGAUUUAGGCGAACCCGAUGUGGAAAUAAUAAGGGUUAAUAGAAUUCUGGAGGAAAAUUACUUUGACACUGCGGAGUCUUUCGCUACUACAACGCCAGAUAUUUGGGAUGCGCUUUGCCUCCCUCGAAACGUUAUGGAAGCUGUAAUGAGAGAAAUCACGAUGGACAAUCGAGGAGUCGAUAAGGAGUGGGAAAGGAGGCGACAGGAAGCCGCUAGGCGGGGAGAAGAGAAGCGAACAGUUCAGUUGGGGGAGCAGGCGGUUUCUGCUGGGGAUGGUCGUGGGUUCGAUCCCGGCAGUGCGGAAAAACGUAUUGAUUCUGUGGAAGUUGUACCGUACGCGCUGAAACGCCUGGGAGAUUCUCAUGUGUCUUGGGUGGCAGUUUUACAAGAAGCAGUUCAGAGGUUGACGAAUAAGAAUACCGCCCCUGGGGUUGGACUUUUCGAUUGGGAAUAUGAAACCCGAUCAGCUGGAGUUGGCGGGGAGAAGUUGGAGUAUCGAGCCACAGUCUCCUUCCGGGUGGACAUACCGGAAGCAAACGGCGGCGUUGGAUAUUCUAAUCUACUUAUGAAAUUCAUCGGAUGUUGGCAUCCGACGAGGAAAGUCAGUCAACGCGAAGCUGCCCGGAACGCUAUUGAAACGCUGAAACUAAAUGUUGAUGAUUUGAUAGCACGGCAUGGUGGCGACCCGAACGCGAAUAUUCUGCAAUCGGUUCACAUUCGCUUACAACGAUACUUCGGACAAAGACUUCAUAGGGCGGGCGCUACUGUUAUGGAGUGGAAACAUAUAUGCAGCAAGAUUGAAGAGGAGAGUCCGAAUGGUUCGGCGGUAAAAACGGAAGAAUUUAAUAGUGAAGGACUGGGAACUGCGGGGGUACGGCCGGAAGAUGAAAUUGGUCUUUGGCAAUCAACAGUGACGGUGCCGCAAUUACAAAAGGAAUUCACAUCAGAUUGGAAAAAUUGCAAAAAAGACUCCCAAAAUGACGCUUGUUUCAAAUUGGCGGCGUUUCUGGAUAGCAUUGGAGUUCCCCAGGCUAAUGAGAAUCCGGUCGAAAAAAAGGGUCUUCUCGAUUUACAGGAGGACCGUACGACAGAGAAGGAGCGAAAAAUAGAAGAUUUUCGGGUGGAAAUUUUGAGAGAAUUCCGAUGA